AUGUCUUGGGAGCACUUGAGACCAGGAAGUUCGCCUGUGGAUUGGUGCGAAGGAAAUUAUAUAAUAUCCACAAACAUAGCAGAAUUCGUUAAUACGAUUAGUAAUGUUCUCUUUAUUCUAUUACCUCCCCUGUUAAUUCAUCUUUUUAAAGAAUAUGGACGGUUUGUUACCCCUGGAAUACAUAUUUUAUGGAUUCUGCUUAUAAUAGUUGGGUUAAGUUCUAUGUACUUUCAUGCGACACUUAGUUUAAUUGGACAAUUGCUUGAUGAAUUAGCGAUUUUAUGGGUGUUCAUGGCUGCUUACUCGUUGUUUUUUCCUAAGCGUUAUUACCCACAUUUUUGUCAAAAUGAUAGAAAGUCGUUUCGAAUAUUAAUGCUUGUGCUUGCUAUAACUGCUACUGGGUUAUCUCUUUGGAAACCCAUUGUUAAUGCGUUUGUUCUAAUGGGAAUGGGAGUACCAACUAUGAUAAUGCUUUAUAAAGAAUUGCAAAGAGUUAAAGAUCAGCGCGUAUAUCGUUUGGGCAUUCGUUCCACGGCUGUUUGGUUGAUUGCCGUAUUUUGUUGGGUAAAUGAUAGGAUGCUUUGUGAUCUUUGGUCGGCAGUGAAUUUUCCGUACUUGCAUGGAUUUUGGCAUAUCUUUAUAUUUAUAGCUGCAUACACAGUGUUGGUAUUGUAUGCAUAUUUUUAUGUUGAAAAUGAAUUACCACAAAAAAGAGCUUUAUUAAAAUAUUGGCCAAUAAACGAAUUUGAAUUUGGCAUACCAUUUAUUUAUAUUAGAAAUCCUGGAAUGUAUUCUAAAAGUACAAUUUAACUUAGGUUGUUAUAUGUAUAAGUCACAUAAUAAAAUUGCUGCUGAUUAUAUUGCAAAAUCUAGUUUAAAAUCUUUAUGCUAUUAGUGAAAUAAAUAGUAAUGACCUCAAAAAUAU